UCCCCCGUCGGUGAGGACGUUGUCUCCAUCCAGAGCAAAAGGGGAACCAGCAGGAAACAAGGAGUCUGGUGGAAGGCUGGGAGGAAGAAAAGAGGGGAAUCCCGAGCUGCUUCCCCGGGAUUAAACUCAUGUUCCAGCGGGAGAUCACAGCUGUCAGGACCGCCACUUCUCUCACGGUUGAUCAGUGACUGAAGAGGAUGAGGAUGUUCAGCUAAACCCACCCCCCACUCACAACCCUUCAUUCUCCUCACUGCCCUUAUCCUCACCACUGCCUUCAUCAUGAACCACACUCCCAGCCCCCACCUGUCUGAAGGUGGUAGGUCUGCUGGAGGCGGGCUGCUAUGCAGCCUGGGUCUGGGGUCCGACAGGGGGAUCCGCUCCCCGGACAGCCUCACCCACACCCCCAGCCCCACAGGGGAAACCCCUAGCUCCAGUCCCCCGCUGCUGUUGUCACCCGGGCUCGGAGGCCUUGGGCUGGGAUCCCUCUGUGCCAUGGGUGAAGGAGCUGGGGCCGACUGGGAGAGCAGGGAGGAGCUGCGGCUCAGGGAGCUGGAGGAGGCUCGGGCCCGAGCAGCACAGAUGGAGAAGACCAUGAGAUGGUGGUCUGACUGCACCGCCAACUGGAGAGAGAAGUGGAGCAAGGUUCGUGCAGAGCGUAACCGAGCACGUGACGAGGUUCGUCAGCUGAGACAGCGGCUGGACACUCUCACCAAAGAGUUGACAAGUGUUCGGCGGGAGAGGCAGGAACUGGCCUCGGAGAAUGAAGCGCUACGGCAGCAGACACUGCAUCUUCGUGGCGACCACGCGGCUCGUCCUCCAUCCGCCACCUCCCCUUCUUGCUCCCCUGCACACCCCUGUGGUGCAUCCUCCUCCUCAUCUCCAUCCAUUCCUCCCUCUUCCCCUGCUUCCUCUUCAUCUCAGGUUCAGGACGACAGCAAGCUGGGCCGGAUGGGGGAGGCAGCCCCAGGGUCUCCAGAACCAGAACCAGUAAGGGACGUGGACUUGGAAAGAGAUAAGCUUGGUCAGCAACAGGAUUUGGAGCUGCUAGAGUCUGUUCUACGUUCCAGGGCCCCAGGCACCGACAGUCAGGAGGCCUGGGAUGGACGUGGUGUCAACGCCGCCAGCUCACGCUUAUCCUGCGGUAUGAGCCGGCAGGAGCGCAGCAGGCAGCUGUGGGAGGACAUGAGCACAGUGGAGGACGACUCCAGCAAACUCAACGCCCUCCAGCUUCGCCUGGAUGAGUCCCAGAAAGUCCUGUUGAAAGAAAGAGAUGACAAACUUGCUCUGAGUAAGAGCAUUGAGAGGCUGGAGGCUGAACUCAGUCAGUGGAAACUUAAAUAUGAGGAGCUCAGCAAGAGCAAGCAGGAGGCCCUCAAACAGUUGAAUCUGCUGAAGGAAAUCCACCAGGAUGAACUUGGCCGUAUAUCUGAAGACCUGGAGGACGAGCUGGGAGCUCGGACCAGUAUGGACAGGAAACUAGCUGAACUACGAGCUGAGAUGGAGAGGCUGCAGGUGGAGAACGCUGCAGAGUGGGGGCGCAGGGAGUGUUUGGAAACUGAGAAACUGGCCUUGGAGAGGGACAACAAGAAGCUGCGGGCUCAAGCUGAAGACCUGGAGGAACAACUGGCCAAGAAACGCCGGCAGGCCGCCUCUGCACUCGACACUGACCUGAAGGCCAUCCAGAGUGAGCUGUUCGAAAGAAACAAGGAGCUGAACGACCUUCGCCACAUUCACACUAAGCUGAAGAAGCAGUUCCAAGAGAAGACGGCGGAGCUCGUCCAUGCCAACCGGAGAGUGGAGAGUCAUGAGACUGAAGUCAAAAAGCUACGGCUGAGGGUGGAGGAGCUUAAGAAAGAGUUAGGACAAGCUGAGGAUGAGUUGGAUGAGUCUCAUAACCAGACCAGGAAGCUGCAGAGGUCUCUGGAUGAGCAGGUGGAGCAGACUGAGAACCUGCAGGUACAAUUGGAACACUUACAGUCAAGACUGCGGCGGCAGCAGCAAAGUCCUGGCUUGUUUGGGAAGAUCCGAACGGCUCGGUUCACUCCUGAAAACCCUGACAGUCCCAGCAGCGAUAUGGAUGAGGAGGAGGAGGAACAGCUCCAGAUCCCAUGACACAGACACACACACACAAACACACACACACACACACACACACACACACACACACACACAUACUGUGAUACAUCAUAUACUGUAACAAAGAUAAAUAUUGUUACUCUGGAUGAAAAACUUUUUAUACUCAAAAAUUGCAAAUUGUAUUACAAAUGGAAGGAGCUCAGCCUGUGAGUGUUUAAAGGACCAAUCCGAAAGUUUUAAACAUUGCACUCAGUGUCCAAUCAAAUGAGCAGUAUCAAGUGAUUUCAUCAACUGGUUACUGGCCAUGAUAAUGAUCACAAAUCUAUGAGUUAUUAAAGACCAAACAAGAAAGCAAUGAAGCAUUAAACAUGAAUAGGUUUCCACACAGCAGCAGUAAAACAUACCUUACCCUUACAUAGACUAAUAACAUACUAAGACUCACACAUGCUGGGACAUGUAUGGGGUCAUUAUUUUGGUAUAGCUUUUUACAGCUAUGAGAGUGGAAUAUUGUGUAACUGUAUCUCAAUCAAUUUAUGUGUAAUCAGAUUUCUUUCCACAUUUACAAAUGUGAUUGCGCUCUUGUUUUCUGAAUACACACAUUUCAAGAUUCCAAAUUCACAGAUGUCAAUGGACACUAGAGAUUCCCUUACACAUUUACACAUCUGAUUACACAUGUUUUAUGAAUGUGUACAGGAUUCUGCAGAACGUGUAUUCAGAGUAGGCUACAUGUGUCUAUUCAGUGAUGUAGAAAUGUGAACAAAAACCAAAAUAUAAAUAAAUAACAUGGAUUGAGAUAAAGUAACACUACACUCCACUCAAAUGGCUGUAAAUAGCUUUACUGCAAAAAUGUCCCAUAUUCAUUAUCAGACAAUCACCAGGGUAAAACCCACCAGGGGUGCGACAGAGAUUACGUGGACGUCUGAACAGUUACAUUCAAUAAGAGGAUCUUUUUUUAAGUGACUUGCUGACAAACAUCCAACAAACCGCACACAUCAUAGUGUUAACAGUCAUUCUUACUUCAUAUAUCACAAACAUUACUGCUGUCUAGCCUGAACUGUCCUCCUGUGUCCAAACAGACCCCACAUAUCCAUCAGCGAUAUUAAAACUUUUAACACAGCUCCUAAUGUUUUAGGAGAAAAUUCAAAGUCUUUUUGUGAUGUAUUUUAAGUUCACAGCCGAGCACACUACACAACUAUUAGCCUCAUUUUAGCUGUGACAUGGAAGGAAUUACGACCUCAGGAUGUGUGGAGCAGGAGCUUCCUGUCAGGUUUUUUUUAUUUGUCAGUCACCUAUCAGACUCCACUCAAACAAAGUCAGGUUUGAAUUUUCAGUUUCAGCCUGUGAAGUGUGAUCCAGUACUGUUGAAAUAGAAGUUUCCUUUUUUGCAUAACGAUCAUGUCAGAACCUACAUGUCUGGGCCGUGUGUGGUCAAUGUGACACAUUGAGGACGUAAAAAACUAUCAACAACUACUUUCAAUAGAAAGGGGCUCAGUCCUGAGCAGUGGCUCAAUGCUGCAAGAUGGUGUAACGAGUGUAUUCAUGCAUUAUUGUGUCAUAUUUGCAUUUUGUCUGUUUCAGUUGUCAGACAACAGAACAAGUAUGAAAGUGUGACUAAGACAUGGCCCCUUAAGAUGACAUGUUGGGCAGCAGUCACUUCUACACAGUUCCAAGCUGCUGCUCCACUCUGAUAAAAUUUGGAUUUAAUGUCCACAACAACUCAUCCGACGAAAAUCACAGACGGAUAAAUUAAGGACCACAGCUCCAUCUGUAUUUACUUACAAAAUAAAGAGAAAUUAGAAGCUCAUUCACGUCUAUGUCAGCUUCCAUGUGGUCCGUAGAAAGAGAUGCAUAGAGAAGGUAAGGCUGUCCUCAAGCUUGUGGGUCAGUACUGAUAACCUUGUCCGGUCACUACAUUUUUAGUGUAGUGCUUUGAAAAAAAAGUCACUUAAGGAGUUCGAAAAGUUGGUAAAUCUUGUGACAAAGGUGCUAAGUUGGCAGAAGUGCCUGUAAACUCCUGAUAAUGUAAUAUAAACUGUUAUGCACCUAUUCAUUUUGAAAGAGCAGGGAAACUCCAACUAGCCAAACCAAUUGUGUCACUUCAACGCCGAGGGAGUCAGUCACAGAUGUUCGCCUUUUCCAAGACUGGCCUCACUGUUGUGUUCCACAUCCUGAUCUACACUUUACACACCAGUAUUCCAGACAGCAAAGACUAGUUAUACAUCCAAAGUUCAGUGGUUCUGUUCUGAAUUGGAAUGUGCAGGGAUGAUGCUUUAUGCACUGUUUAUGCUGAUAUUUAGUAUUUUACAAAAUAUUUAAAUUUUCCUGUAAAAGAAAAACCUGAAAUCCCAAAUAUUUGUGUCCAUUAAAUCCCUCAGGAUCAGUCUGGGUGUAAAAGCCUUCCGGGCAGCAUUUAGAGCAUUAUGGGAUAAUGAAAACUCUCACUAAAGCCCAGGCUCUCUCACAACGAGCCACGUAUUCAACAGUAGGAGGAGUUUUGGAUUCGCUGGCUGCUGGACUGAGGUGGUAAUGAUGCUGGGGUAAAUCUCCUGUCUGUGAGAGAGCUCCAGUGAAUGGAUGCAGUUGUAAAAUCAACAGAACAUUCAUGAAUCCUCCACCACCAUCUCUGACGCUGGAGAGAGACUAAGAUGUUUUUUAGGAUUCUGAACUAUUUAUGUUGUUAUGGUUUAGUUUUUAUAAAUGAUCUGUACCACAGUGGUUUUGUAUUAGCUCUAUAAAUGUCAACUGUA